AUUCACAUUUACGUCUGGUAUCGUCUCGUCUGGUUUUGUCUCCGACGCAAGCAGCGGAGUCUGAGUUGGACCACAGAGAACGGAAACAGUGAAACAGUGUUGUGGCAUAAGAAAAGAAACAACAAAAAUAUAUAAAAACAAAGAUGAAAGUCACUUUGGCGUUAGCGACUUUCUGCCUGGUGGCUGCCUGUGCCAAUGCGCAAAAGGGUAGAACUACCACAACCACAGGCACCAAGCCGGGUCGUUUCCUCUCCCUGCCCGUGCCCGCCAAGUGCGCUAGCCGCCCCAAGGAAUUCUCGUAUCGCGGCAAAAACAUGUUCCUAAGCACCCACGUGCCGGCGCUUGCCAACAGGAAGGUCGACUGGUUGGAUGGCCGUAAUCUGUGCCGCGAAUACUGCAUGGAUCUGGUCGCCCUGGAGACCCAAGAGAAAAACAAUCUGAUCUUCCGUGUCAUUCAGCAGAAUGAUGUCCCAUACAUCUGGACCGCUGGCCGCAUUUGCGAUUUCGCAGGCUGCGAAAAUCGUCCAGAUCUGGAGCCCAAGCAUAUUUAUGGCUGGUUCUGGUCCGCAACUCGCGAGAAGAUCCAGGCCACCAACCGCAUUCCACAGGGUUGGGGCUACAAUCCCUGGUCGCAGACCGGUCACAAGAAGCGUCCACAGCCCGACAAUGCUGAAUAUGACAUCAACCAGACCAAGGAGCAGUGCCUCUCCGUGCUAAACAAUGUCUACAACGAUGGCAUCGCAUGGCACGAUGUUGCCUGCUAUCACGAGAAGCCCGUCAUCUGCGAGGAUAACGAGGAGCUGCUGCGCUAUGUGGCGGCCACAAAUCCGGGCAUUCGUCUAUAAGAAGUUCAUUAUCUUCGUAUUGUUUGUGUAAUUUUAAAGCUACUUAUUAUAAUACUCCCUAAAAUGAGUUUUUUUGUAUAAUUUUUGUUUAAAUAUGUGUACGACGAAUGCAAAUACAAAUAGACUUUAGAAUUUAUAAAUACCCCGAUCUUACCACCUACACACAUAUAUAGACAGAUGCCUAAAAUUCACAAUCCUCUCGUUUCGUAACUGCCAAUCUUACACGACUAUAUUUUUCCUACAAUUGUAUUUAUAAAAAAUUGUUAAGUACGAAUAAUCACGCCCUAAAAUCUCUUAUUUAAAAUAGAAAGAAAGAAAAUGAAAAACAAAGCUCACCUAUUCUAUUGCCGUGCAAAAACAAAGAG